UUUGUGUAUUUUAGAAUUAUUUUAUAUUUGUGUAUUGAUUUGUCAUUUAUUUAAAUCCAACAUGCAACGCGAAAUAUUGCCAAAUGUUCCAAAGUAUGGUACUCGGGCUGUGCGGUCUACGGACACUGUAUUUGGUAUUUCGGAAAAAAUUUUGGUGUUUUUAUCUUAUUUGGUUUUCCUUGUGACGUUUCCGAUGACCAUAUUUUUUUGUUUGAAAACUGCAACGGUUUUUCAGCGUGUGGUCAUAUUUCGUUUGGGACGUUUAAGAAAAGGUGGCGUAAGAGGACCGGGCUUAGUUUUUAUUUUGCCCUGUAUUGAUGAAUAUGUCAAAGUUGAUUUACGCACACAAUCGUUUGAUGUACAUCCCCAGGAAAUUUUAACGAGAGAUUCCGUGACCAUACAAGUGGAUGCUGUUGUCUACUACAGUAUUCGCAAUCCACUCGACUCGGUUAUACAAAUUUCAAAUGUGCGAGAUUCUACGAAACUUUUGGCCCAGACAACUUUGCGCAAUGUUAUUGGAACAACCAAUCUAAUGGAAUUGUUAACGGCUAAGGGGACGUUGUCGAAUAAAAUAGAAAAUAUUUUAGAUGAAGCCACCGAUCCUUGGGGAGUUAAGGUAGAACGUGUAGAAAUUAAAGAUGUACGCCUGCCAGUUUCUAUGCAAAGGGCUAUGGCUGCUGAAGCGGAGGCAAUACGUGAAGCUAAGGCUAAAAUCGUAGCAGCAGAGGGCGAAUUGAAUGCUUCCAAGGCCUUAAAAGAAGCUUCCGAUGUGAUGUCUGCAAAUCCCAUUACAUUACAGCUGCGCUAUUUACAAACAUUGGCAACCAUUUCAAGUGAAAAGAAUUCUACUAUUGUCUUUCCCUUUCCCAUAGAAUUGAUGUCAGUAGGCGUGCCUUAAGGUGGAACGUCAUCGCCUACAAAAUAUGCUUUAUAUGCAAUAUUUUUUAAUAAAUAA